UAACAUAACGUCUUUCAGUUGACAGAACUACAAAUGGGUCACGUUGGCUCGCGUAAUGACGUCAUCGCCACGCGCCCAGACUCAAGCGAUGCAUGUGCGUGUUUCAGCUAGAAGUUUUCUGUUGUUCCUGGAACCCCAGAGUCGCUUUAGGAGGCAUGUUGUUCGCUUAUUUUCAUCUGCUAACAUUAGGAAAUCUUUGACUCGCCGUUUUAUUCAUCUGUGGUCUCAACAGGGGAAUUUAACGAUGGAGGAGCAGGUCACGACCCCCGAAGCUCCGUCAGGUGGGGACACAAACACCGGGAAACGCAAACACGACGACGAGCCGGACCCCCCGGAGACAGGCGGCCGGGGUAAGAAGCGAAGAGGAGCCGGAGGGAAGAAGCUCCGUCCUGGGGAGAGGUACGUCCCACCGCCCCAGAAACGGAACCCGGGGGUCAGCUUCAGCCAGGAACACUUCGACGAAACGUCCUACUUCUUCGAAGGCGGCCUGCGCAAAGUGGUCCCGUAUUACUUUGACUUUAAAACCUACUGCAAAGGCCGGUGGAUCGGGAAAAGCCUACUGGAGGUCUUCAAGAGCGAGUUCAGAGCGGAGUCCAUAGAGUACUAUGAAAAGGCUGCGAAAGAGGGCCGCAUCCGGCUCAACGAGAGUCCUGUGGAUGACCUGUCCGUGGUGCUCAGGAAUAACGACCACAUGAGGAACACCGUGCAUCGCCAUGAGCCUCCCGUAAUCGGCGCGCCGCUGAAGAUCCUGGUGGACGACGGGGAAGUCCUCGUGGUCGACAAGCCGGCUUCCAUCCCCGUCCAUCCGUGCGGCCGUUUCCGCCACAACACGGUGAUCUUCAUCCUGGGUAAAGAGCAUGGCGUCUCCAAGCUGCACACCGUCCACAGGCUGGACAGACUCACCUCGGGGGUGCUACUGUUCGCCCGGACGCUGGAGACGUCCAAGAAGCUGGACCAGCUGGUGAGGGACAGACAGCUUGAGAAGGAGUAUGUGUGUCGAGUAGAGGGGGAAUUUCCCGAGGGCGAGCUGAUCUGUGAGGAGCCCAUCCUGGUGGUCUCCUUUAAAAUCGGGCUCUGCCGGGUCGACCCGAAGGGAAAAGAGAGCAGAACCGUCUUCCGGAGGCUCAGCUUCAAUGGAAAAACCAGCCUAGUCCGCUGUUUUCCGCUCACCGGCCGCACACACCAGAUCCGAGUCCACCUGCAGUACCUGGGCUUUCCCAUCCUCAACGACCCCAUAUAUGGGUCCCACGCCUGGGGCCCCCACAGGGCCAAAGGGGGCCUGGUGCGGAAGAGCGACGAAGAGCUGCUGCAGGCUUUAGUGGAAGAACAUCGCUCUCAGGAAAGUUUACACCUGCUGGACUUUAUAGACGACUGCGGCGCUGCGAAGGAAGCAGAGAAAACAAGCGCUUUUCCGACACACACAGAGGAAGAAAACUCCAGCCAGGUUCCACCAGAGGAGCGUCAGAGUACUGGAUCAACUGAAGCUGAAUCGGGUCAGAAAAGUCCCCCAGGAAGCUGGGACCACCUGUGCAGCGAAUGCAAGCUGGUGCGACCGGACCCCACUGAGAAGGAGCUCGUCAUGUAUCUCCAUGCUUUACGCUACAAAGGACCGGACUUUGAAUAUUCCACACAGUUACCCGACUGGGCCGAAGCGGACUGGGAGGAGACCGAUCUCAGCUGACCUCAUUUAGUCAAAUUUUUUAUUUAUUUUGUCUCUAAUUUCUGUGGUUUUAUUUUGAUACUUCUCAGGAGAUUUUCUGAAGACGUUGCUGUAAAACGCCUCAGUAGGAGGAUUGUUUGUAUUUAAUUUUAAACAUCUCAAAUAAACCAACCUCUGCUGCUGCUCAAAAAUGAGCUUUAUUUCAGGUUUGUUAAGAAAAAAAACAAAUCAUGGUUCCUAUCUGAAAUUUUGCUUCAGUAUUUUUCAGAUCUAGAAAGAUAUGGGGGAAAUGGUGCACUGAUUGCACUCUUCUCACAAUGUCGAUUUUGGCCGAUACAAAUUUUUUUUGUCUGAAAUAUUGCAAUAUAAAUAUAUUUAUAUCAAGAAAAUUGCUGAGUUUGAAACAGUGGGCUGACUAUUGUUAACUGCAAACAUGAUCUGGUGGAAGAGGACAGUGGCUGAUUUUUAGACUUUUAUGCUGUGUUCACACCAAACGCAUUUCAGGCGUCAAAAAUGAGUCCGACGCUUCAAGUUGGGCGCAUUAGCACUUUGAAGUCAGACGCUUGACAUUUUGCUCUAGACGCGCGUUGGGAUAAGCCGUUGUUUUCCGUUGCCGGUCUCUGUACUAUGGCGAAUGAUAUUGAUAGAGUGUCACCAAAAUGAUGUAGUGAAAGCUUCUGAAAUUAUAACGGAGGCCCAGAUGUCGUUGCUGAACAUUUUGUGUUCAGUUUCUGUUGAACAAAAACGUUCGACAGCUGAUAACGACACGACUUGUGUUGGAGCCUCUUUCCUUUUUUCCUCUCCCAGUUACUUUGAACAAUGAUGGAUGAAAUAUUGAGAGUAUCUUGGUUUUAUUUACUGAAAUCAACAGAAUGUCGUCGUGUUUGAAUUCACCAGAUAAUUUAGAGGUGUUGCAAGUUUCACAAGCUAGCUGGGCGCUGUUUUCGUCUCACCCAGGCCUAGUUUGGUGACUUGCUAACCUGCAUUGGUGCCUGCAUCUCCUGGCAGGUCACCAACUACAGGCCACUACGUCACAUAGCGGACUCUCCGUCAUUGGUUGACACUCUUCGUCCAUUGGCAAAAGUUCAGAUUUUAAAACUCCAGCGUUGGACACGCUUGAUGCGUGUCGACGCUCAAAACGCUUGAGUCGUGCAGCUCUUGACCUAUGAAAUGUUUUCCCUGACAUGUGUCCACAUAAGACUUUGAAUGUAAACCAGACGCUCAAAUCUUGAUCGACGUGAACCCAAAAUUUGUCCAAGAUAAGAUUGGGGAAAAAGAUUGGCUUCAUAUGCAAGAGUCUUCCAAUCACUGAUAUCUCAUAAUUAAGGAAAUACGUAUUGAUAAAUAACCUGAUCAAAAAAUCGGUUUACCCCUAAACAUGAAAUAUGGAAAACAUUUCCAUUCAUCCACUUGCAUGUGUGUUUAUCAUCAUUAGGAAUAAACCGAUCUAAAAAUUUGGGCUGGUAUCGAUAUACGAUAUCAAUAUUAAUGAUGUUUCAGCACCUUUUGGAAAAAAUCGACCAGAAACAGACGGCAACAACAAAGAAUUAAACAUGUCUGGAGGAAACAUCAAAAGUCUGAAUCAAAAGUUUUAUUUCAGGUUUGUGAAAAGGUGGUAACCCAGACAGCUGGAUGUGAUGAUGGUGCAGCUGAGGCGUCUUUUCCACCACAGAAUAAAAAGUCGGACUGUUCUUUCUUGAGUUUAAGUCAGGUUAUUCUGCUGACUGCUAGAACAAAGACUUUCUAAGAACUUAAUCACACUUAUGGCGUCAAAAGCUUUAACAACUCAGAGGCACAUUUUAUGAAAGUCUUGCCAAGGUCUCAUGCUGAACCACGAUCAAAACCACCUUAAAGCCUCUGUUUUUACACUUCAUGUCGUUUAGAGGAACACAAAACACAUUUUUUUACUCAAACAAACAACAAUCAAAGACAAAUACUUUUCUGACACCAAUAAAGUUUUGCAUUGGUUACAAAUAGAUAUUUUAUAUUGACAAAAAAUGAAAAAUUUGACAAUUCCCUGGUAUAAAUUUAAAUUACAGCCUCAUUUUCCUCACCAAAAGUCCAAAUAUACUUAGAUUUUUUUUAUUUUAUUUAAAUAACUUUAUUUAAAAUCUGUUUGUGAUUUAAAGUGACAAGCAAAUAAUCACAAAUUAUUAUAUUUAAGUCCUCCAGGAUAUCCAAAUUUUCCGAUCUUUUCUAAUUAUUGAUUGAACAAAAACCUCAGAUGUUUGAUCUGCUGAGCGUUUCUUUAACAGAAAUCCCACAUCUGGUUUUCUGAUUCGACACCAACCACCUGUCUUCAUCAGCUUUAUUUAAAUUGAACAAUAUGAGGGGAAAAAAAUCACUUCCAAAUGUUAAAGCACCAACUCAAUAACAAACAUCAACUUUAGGACAAAGAGCACUUUUUAUAGUAAAUUGUUCCAAGAGUGAUUGCAUUGGAUUGUUUUAGACUUCUAAUAACAAUAAUAAAUGGCUUUAGGGAUAUCACCAGAAAACCUUACAUGCUACACAUAUAAUUAAGGCAUAAUUACACCACAAUGUACAAAAAAUAUGCUUUUAAAUGUUGUUGGCUUAUGGCCAUAAGGGAUACUCAAUGUCGGUUUAUCUUGAGUAAGAAUUGCAAUUUCAAAUAAAAAUAUAAACAAUAAAUUAAUUAUAUAAUUUUAAAACAUAAAAUAAUCUAAAUGCUUUUAUUUGGAACAAAAAAUUGCACAGGGUUUGUAGAGUAAUACCAGGAGUAACGCUAUCUGCUGUUGUAGAGGCUGCAGUCAGCUGGUUAGCAGACAUUACAACUGUAAUUUUGAGCUUGCAUUUUAAGAGUGACAAACUUCCAAAAUAGCCCAAUUUUUCUUAAUUGUAAGUAAACGGAAACAUAUAGGAAAUUUAUUGGAGUCAGCGUGAGCAGCAAUGUGUGGGGGAGGAGCAAGGCUGCGCUCCAUAUAGCGGAAAACCUUUAUUAACCGUUUGUUAACUGCGUCACUAAUCAUUCGAGGCGCCAUGAUGGACGUUGGGAGUAUUGAACUGAGCAACUGAAACUGUUUACAGUGAUCCCUCGCCACUUCGCGGUUCACUUAUCGCGGAUUCGCUAUUUCGCGGAUUUUCAUAAUGCAUUUUUUUUUUUUUUUUUUUUUGCAUUGUGCUCUGCAUUCUGAUUCGCUAAAAACUCACUCCCGCUUCUUGUAUCAAAACAUGCUACGAAUUGUGCUAUCAUUUUGUCGUCUCGUGCAGUUGUGUACGUACGUAAAACAGCUUGGCAAAUUUAAAAUUAUCUUGUAAUUUCGAACAUCUCCUAAACCCAUAAUGUCGACGAAACGGCCUGGACCGACAAAAGCACCUGCGGAUGGGACCAAACGGCGGAAGAUGCUACCUAUCUCAGAUAAAGUUAAACUUCUGGACAUGCUAAGGGAAGGUAAAAGCUAUGCAGCCGUUGCUCGCCAUUACGGAAUCAAUGAAUCUUCCGUUCGUUACAUAAAGAAGGAUGAAAAAAACAUAAGGACGACAGCAGCAGUCAAUUUUAAUACGAAUGCAAAAAGGGUUGUAACUGUCCGCAACAAGACCAUGGUACGGAUGGAGACGGCAUUAGCUCUGUGGAUUAAUGACUGCAGGAAAAAAAACAUAACCCUGGAUACAAACGUUAUCUGCACAAAAGCGAGAAUGCUGUAUGAAAACUUUGCUGUCAGUGACGGGGAAGAGGGAGAGGAUGCCGGGCCCUCAGCAAGUGCUGCUGACAAAGUGCCAAGCGCAUUUAAUGCAAGCAAGGGCUGGUUUGAAAAGUUUAAGAAACGCUUUGGACUUAAAAAUGUUUGUCUGCACGGUGAGAUGGCGUCUGCGGAUACCGCUGAGGCAGAAGCCUUCGUGAACAAUAAAUUCAAGGCGAUCAUUGAGGAGGGGGGAUAUAAGCCCGAACAAGUUUUUAACAUGGAUGAGACUGCCUUAUUUUGGAAACGAAUGCCCUCCCGCACCUUCAUCAUGCAGGAAGAAGCCAAAGCCCCAGGAUUUAAAGUUCACAAAGACCGUUUGACCCUGGCUAUGUGCGGAAAUGCCGCAGGUUUCAUGAUUAAACCGGGGCUGAUUUACAGGUCUAAAAAUCCCAGGGCGCUGAAAAACAAAAAUAAGGAUGAUUUGCCUGUUUACUGGAUGUACAA